GCGGAGUGGAUUGAUUAGUUUUGAAGUAUUUGCGCUUUACGAUUGUCAAAGAAUAUUGUGUCUUGACGCAACUGCGGCAAGGUUGUAGGAUUUACGGACUCAAUGAACUGCGGACAUUUACGUGACACGUAAACUAAACCCAGUUUGGAAUUACGGUACGGCGAAGACCAAGCCACCUGUAAAAACCACGAUGUCUGGAACGCAUAGUGGUAACUAAGCGAGAAAAGUAAUGGACCAAGUUUUGUGGCUCUGCGUGUACAUGAUGACACUUUGCAAUUUAGGAGUUCCUAACCCCCACAUCCUCUCUGUAAAAUUAUGGACCUAUAGACAUCACGCAGCUAUGAGAACUUAGAGUAAUUAGGCAGUUCCUAGAAGGAAAUCCAGAGGCAGUAGUUUGGACAGAAGAUGAUUUUCUGUCUGCCUCUUCUGUUUGCAGAUGGCAGAUUCACGUCUUUGGACAGGAUAACGGUGAGACAACUGGAAAAAUUCAUACCUUUCAUGGUUUCAUGUUCAGUUGGGAGAGAGAAACCACUGGGAUCUAUUGAACCCUUGUGGUGGCCAUCGGAUCUGCCAUUUUCCAUACCAUUAAAGAAGCCUCACAGUGUUAGUAAUAAAUGGUUAGCAUUACUGAAGAGUCUAGUUUGUCGUUGUUACACAUACCAUGGCUGUGAAUUUAUGCUUAGAUUUUGUACUGAUCUGACAAAUACUCCAAGUUCAGUACUGACAUAUGUGGAUACAUGGAAUGACACUGUGUCAGUUUACAGCAAAAAAACAGGAAAGCUUGUUGUAACUUUCAGAAGUGAGAAUAUGACAUAUGACAAGACCCCACAGACACCAAGAUGUCAAAUCUUUGGGAAUAAUAAAACUGGCACUGAGACUUCAUGUGACAACACACAUUUCUUGGACAUAUACGUGUGUGAAAUGUGUGAUUUCACAUUUCCAAAUCUUGAAGCAGCACAGGAACACGAAGAAAUCUGCAGACUUGACUCUACAAAUGUAACAGUGCACAAUACUGACGAGCCUCUUGCAUCAGAGCAGGACAGAUUUCUAGAUUACCUUGGCCUGAAGAACAAUACAGAAGUCGAUUCUACUGUACAACAUAAGAGAACAUCUAAAGAUGUGAGAUGGAAGGUUGCUGGCGUGAAUUUUACUCGUUGCUGCUCCAUUCCUGUGUCUUCUCCUCUUGGACUAGCUUUACACAGGAGAACAAAACCAUCAACCGUUUCCUCAGAAGUUCAUCUAGGAAAAGUGGAAAGACAUUGUGUCGACUAUACGGACUUUCUUCCACGAACGCGUGAAGCCAAGCAUUCAGAUGGUCCAUGGCCUACCACUUGGAAACGAAAUAAAACAUCUACAAAUGCAUGGGCCCAUAUUUACAAAUUCCCUAGGAAACAUCUGAGGUGUCGUCCUCCUGUACCAGACACAGGUUUGACUGCUGAGAGCCUGAAAAUUGUUGCAGCUUUGCAAACCACUGUCUGUGGUUUUACAUAAGCUUGGACGUGAGGAUAUUCAUGUUUGGUCCAAGAAAAAAUGAUUUGGAAAAUUUGAACCAUGAUAUGGAAAUGCAAAUAGACACUUCCAGUGAAAGUCUCAUUGAUGACAAAUAUCUAACUUCACUUGAAGAAAAAGCCAUCACUGAAAGUUAUUUGAUGUCUUUAAAUUCUCAUUAUGGUCCAGACGGGAAAAGUGCUCAUAAUAAUGCUGGGAAGCAAUUACUUUGUCAACCAAAAAGUGCAGAGGUGGAAAUACAUUCAGAGUGUACAGAAAAUAUUAUACAAGCUAGUGGAGCAUACUCAUGUGAGGACUGAACAGUCUGAAGGAUUUUCAGUGUUAAGCAAUUCAGUUUCUGUGCCAGAGACACAAUUUCCACAAAAUUCAGAGGGUCAUCUGCGAAUUUCAACUAGUCCCAAGUGAGGGAUCUGUAUGCAGCUCUCCAGAACCUUUCUUCCCACAGUCAGUAGGUACAAUGCUCAGCUCUGAAACUGAUGUUAGUGUAGUUGAUGCUACUGACUUCUCUCUGUCUCGGGAAAUAGUGUCGAGUAAUGAACUGACACAAUGUGAUUUAUCUCCAUUGUAUAUUCCAGAGGCACAUACAAUGGAAUUUAAUCCACUUCAUCUUCGCGCUUCAAGAUAUGAUACUAAUGUUCACUCUUUCGCAGCUUGAUUGUGAAUACACCCAGUCUCCACUAAUUUCAUAUAUCCUUCCACAAAAACUGAUUCCCAAGGUGCUGCCACCCAAAACUCGACAACCAGGUUUAUCUUUCAAAACUGAAAUGCCGAUCAUCUGCUAGGAAUAAAAUCCCACAGUCAGCUGCACUGGCUAUUUCUGAUACCUGCACACCACAGUCCCAAGUGCAUUCAUCAAUCUUACGUCCUCUGCUGCCUCUUUCUGCUGGUCCGCCAGUCAUCUGUACAGCAGUUACUCAGAAGUCUUUCAUGGAAUCUGAAUCAAUUGGCUGUAAUUAUCCUGCUAUUCCUGGUGAUGUCUAUUCAUCUUUGUCUGAAAGGUGUUGCCUAAACAUCAAAGAAGUGGAGUUUUGUAUUCAAAUCACAUCAGUAAACCCGUCUGGAGAACAGCUAACAAUUCAGAAACAAGUGCAAGAAAAAAAAUAUUUUGUUGACAACUAGAAGUCUGAAUGAAACUCAUGGAAUUUGUAGCAGGAAGGACACAUCAGUGUCAUGUAAAAGUGAAGAAUUGGAUGUGCAAUCUAAUAUAAAGCAGGGUCCCUCAUGUGCAGAUGAGCAGCAUACACCUCUGAGGAUUAGAAAUGUUUCACUAAAUACUGAAUUUGAAGACCUGCCCUGUACUAGCACUGUCACUGAAAGAGAUGCAGUAACUGCAGCUCCAGAUCAAGCAUUCAGUGUUGAAGGAGGUUUCAGAAGUAAAUUAAUGUCUAGUAAUGACACUUACCUAUUAUCUUUACGUGAUCCAGUUUAUAGUUCAGUAACAUAUGCAAACACAUCAAGGACAAAUUCUGGAUAUAUUGUUCAAGAAAAUAAGACUUAUCGUAACUGUGUGGAAACCUCAGAUGCUCAGUGUCAACAGAGACUUCUUUUCAAAUCAACACCAAGUUCAACAUCAGUGUGUGCAAGAAAAAGUGUGGAGACUUCUUUAAAAACCAUUGAGAACAAGUUUCCAAGAAGGCAUAAAACAGCUGCCAUUAAAAUUAACAAGAAUGUGGAAAAGCUAUCAAGAGAAGUACAAAAACUGAUGAAAGAUGAAUGUGUAAGCAUCCGUGAUAAACAGUUCUUUAAGAUAGUAAAUUGUGAUUAUAAAGUUCUUCGUAAACGUGAACUUCGUGCUAGAUGUUCAAAUAGGAUAAAUAGGGGUAAAAAAUGAUAUGUAAAACCAUUUAAAACAAAGUCUUUUAAAGCUUAUAAAUAUUUCUCCACCUGUAAAGUUAGCAGUGGUGUCAGAAAUAGUUUUCAUUUUGAUGUAGUUGGUAGUUUACAAGAAAUGAAUUCUAGAGAGUGCGCUGAAGUUCCUGUAACUUCAAGGGGAAGGUGUCCUACUUUCUAUAAUCAAACACAUGGUGAGAGAGGUGAACAGGUAUUUAAUGAAAACAGCACCAGUAUUAAUUUAAAUCACAAAAUUCAGAAUUCAUUAAGUAUGCAUUAUGAACUUCAAAGUGUCCACAGAAAGAGUGUAGAAUUAAAACUUAAUUCUGCCAAUUCACUUCAACAAACACACAUUGAGCAUUGUGGCAAAGUAGAAGCAUUUCACCAGUACAGUCUUACAUCAGUAAUUAAUGAAGCUGCUCAUAGUAGUGUGGAUUAUUUAGAUAAUUCUCAUGAAGUUGGUAACGGUAGGCCUCCCCAUGAAGCUGAGAAAGUUUCGCCAUUUGUUAGUGGCAGUGCCACUUGUUCAGGUGAUGUGCCAAAAAUGCAUAAAGUUGUUGAUGUCAUUGGAAGGGCAAAACAUGGAAGUUAUUACACUAAAUGCCAAAUGAAAUUGCGUAGUCAGUGUCAGAGCAAAGAAUCAGUGUCAUUUACCUGCACUUCUGCUAGAUCUCAUAGGGUAACACGGAAAACAGUUGCUGGGAACCCCAAAAGUUUAGUUUGUAUAGAAAAACAAAAAAUUCAAAGGAAUAAAAUUAUGAAACAUUUAAAUCGACAAAUGAGCCUCAAGACACAGUUUACUGAUGUGUAUCACAUUAUGCUUCAGGGUUCUUCACAAACACAACCAUCAGAAAAUGAAGAACAUCUUGGAUACAAGCAUUUCAGCUCCAGUUCCAAGAUAAGAAUUUUCAGAAAGAGACAGGUUUUCAACCCACAGCAGAAGAAGGGUGUCUCCAGGGAAUUACAACAAUUGCUGCAGGAUGAGUGUAAAGAGUUAGUAAAUUUAGGGUUGGAACGAAGUACUGUACCUGUGAAGACAUCUUCGAAAGCAUUGACUUUUGAAAAUAUUUUAAUAGCUCAGCUGAGAGAAAUUGAGGAAAAUCACAGAGAAUGGUUUAAGGAUCGAGAUGUUAUGUGUGUGAUUAAUUUCCCUUACGAAUUUCGAUCAGUCUGAUUUUGAACAAUUGUAGGGGUGUUGCAAGUGUUUCUCACUUAUUUUCUGUAAAUGUGACAGUUACACAGUUUGCAAGUGAAUGUAACUAGCACCAUAUACAAAGAACUGCUAUUGCAGUUUUUUUACCACAUUUGAAAUGGACAAUAGAUUAAUUUUCUGCAAUAGCAGUAGAAAAGGAAACUGGAUAAUGCUUUACUUUUGUAUAGUUCGCCUGCAGGAUCAGGUAGAUAAUGUGGACAGAUGCAGUGCAAGGUGUCCACAUGAAUCUUGGAAGUCUGAAUGAUUUUUGCUUGUAUGUCAGAAAUAUUGAAGUGAUGUGGAAACGGAACUUUUUAUUACCACUGUACUUGUGAAUUGCAAAGUAUCAUUGUGAAAAUGAAGAAAUAUAUAUUUAAAAUCUCUGUAACUGAUCAUCGCUUUAAUUAAUUAA